AUGGAUCUUGGUGAGAAUCAGAGAAAUCUCUUGAGUGGUAUGGGCAACGCAGACAAGGAUGGCGGCAUGCGGCACCUUUGUUUCUUGACGUGGCCGAGCAUUCGCCAAGUUCUCUCGACUGUCAAUAUCACGUUCGAUGAUGAACAGAUGCGGAGACUCGAACAUCGGCCAGUCCUCUUCGCGCGAAGGGGGCUGAAGCAGCGAGGUACUGACAAGCACGCGUCGUUCCCUGCUCCUGUGGAUGACGUUGUUACCAGUCACGGACGAGCAUCGCCCUCGCCAAGCACCGGACCCGAUGCUCAAUUCGAAGUCAUGUAUUCACCGGACGAGAUAUUCAGGACUCGGUCGAUUCCAAGCACAGUAGCGCAGUUGAUAAAUGGGUUCCUUGCUCAGAUCGGCGCGCGAUAUCCACUACUGGAUUCCGAAAUCUUGAGAAGUCUUUUCCAACAAUGCAGCCGCCAGCAGCAACACUCAACACGGUUCCAGGAGCAGGUCAGCAUCGCGAGCAUCACGACUGAUGACGAUCGCGGUCGUCUCAAACGACAGCGAGCGGACUCUGGGCUCCUGCAACAAUCUCCAGUCUCAUCAUCGCCUGAGAGUGCAUUAAUCAUGCUCUGCUGUGCACUGGGCGAAUUAAUACUGCACGGGAACAUGGUGUCAGCCCCGCUCGACUCACUGCAGUCCGGUGAAUCGAAACACAGAGGGACAACACAGUCGUACGUUCCUGGGAUGAGAUACUUCGUGACAGCAACAGAAAUGGCAUCCAACUUCAUCGACGGCCAAGAUUUGAUCCACGCUCAAGUCUUCCUCCUCGCCGGAAUGUACAAAGCGCUCUGCAUGCGGCUGAACGAGGCUUCAAGAGAUAUUCGACCAAAUCUUGCAGAGCGGACGUCAACCGCGUCGGGCCAAGAGCCAUGUGAAGACCUUGUCUUACGCGCUGCGUGGACUUGUGUACAGCUCGAGCUCGAAAAACUCCCAGAGCUACAACUUCCCUCCAGCGGGCUCGAGAAUGUUGCGUUUGCCCUUAUGGUGCCUCAGACGUACGAGAACGCUACAGAUGGUUCGUCCCUGUCGCUCACCAAAAGCGAGCUGAGUCAGACGGAACGACAAAGGCUUCCUUUUGCAGCUCAAAUUCACCUUCGAAAGAUCAGACUCGCGGCUCAACACCAGCUAUACUCAGACCGCAGGCUCGAUACUUCGCCGGAAAGUGUCGACUGCGCGUUAAAAGCACUUGCAUCGAAGCUCCAGGAAUGGCGUGCUCAGCUACAUCCUUUUCUCCAGUGGGACGACGAAAACCCUCCCUCCAGCGACCUUGCGCUGGCCCAUCUUCGCUACCAAUACUGGGAGGUCAAGCUUAUGCUCCUUCGCCCAUUCCUCGACUACAAAAUCCGUUCUCCACUAUCUGGUCAAAGCGUAAACGUAGACGACAGUAGCAAGCUGGCAGACCUUCUGACGGCCAACCACUAUUUCUGGAACACAAUCCGCCACAAAGAAUCGAUCUGCGGUACCACCGAAGUCCAGAGCCUCGCACACCUCAGCAUUGAAGCCACCCUCCAAAGCGCGCGCUCGUUCGACGCCAUACCACAAAAGCACAUGCUAUCGAGCCCCGACGCACUUCCAAUCGCCCAUGCGCGUUUCAUAAAUCUAAUCCUCCUGACCGCCACGCAUCGGAGUAGCGAUCUCUGCCACCUGGUCCCCAAACAAGAGUUGGCGAGACUGCUUGCAAAUACAAUUACUCGUCUCAGCGGCCUGGAGGCGAUGUCUCCUACAGCUAAGAUGGAGCUGAAUGUGCUGAACAGUGUUCAAACGUCCAUUCUCUGA